AAUCGUGGCGUGCUUUCCACGACGUAACACACAAGCUCCACCCUCGCUGAUAUUCCCCUCUUGUGUUGGCUGCUCCGCUGUGCGAGAAAUUUUCCCAUCGAUUUGUGAUUUUGUGUUUCUUAGUUUUACGUGUAAAAAACCUUAUUGCGCUUUUUUCUUCUUCUCUUUCCUGUUUUUGUCGACAAUUAGGCAGAAUCUAGUUUUCUAGCUGUUAACAGAGAAAUAAAAUUUCAUUCGAAAAUACCGGCAAAAAUCAUGAACAUAGACGUGAAUGUGUGUUUGUGUUGAGUGUUUCCUGUGCAUGUGGGCUCCGAGCGUCCAUGUUGCGGAAUGGCGGAAAGCUCUGCCGCCGCCAGCUGGCCGAAUACGAUCUUGAGUGAGCCGGAUUAAAUACCGACGUCGAAUGCUUUCGUUAUUUUCUUUCUGCAAUGGAUAUGCGACAUGAAUUUAUUUGAACCCGUGUUGAUCUUAUGUGUCCAGUGGUGCUAUGGUGUGAUGGGUCUGAGAGAGAGCAAACUGUAAACAAUAAGAAUUCUUGUGUGUGGGUGAUUCCGAUUGAAAUUCUUUUCUGCUGCCCACACUACUACAGUAAUAUUCUGCAUGAUCUUGCUUUUCCAUGGUGCUUGUCAGUGCUGAGGGUUCUGAACGGAGGCCCCCAAUGGAAGCCCCGGACAACCCUGUUCUGUUACCUAAACAAACGACUUGGACUAAAGGCGAUGAUCAUAUGGUUUUUCUUGACAACAUCAGAAUCAAAAUUUUAGGUGAUCAGACAAAGCAGUCAACAUCUAUGUAUGGUCAGCUCGUGACACCUGAUCAACUUGCUGAAAUAACUUCUAGAGCUCAAAGUUCCCAAAAUGACUUAGCUACACUCCAUUCACUGACACCUUAUAAAUGUCGUGAUCCUAGCCUUGCUCCAUUAAGAAAGCUCAGUGUAGACCUUAUAAAAACUUAUAAGCACAUAAAUGAAGUUUACUAUGCAAAAAAGAAACGAAGAGCACAACAGACUCAAGGUGAAGAUACAAGUCACAAGAAAGAGAAGAAAUUGUAUAAUGAUGGUUAUGAUGAUGAUAAUCAUGAUUAUAUAAUACGAACUGGUGAAAAGUUUCUUGAUCGAUAUGAAAUUGAUUCUCUUAUUGGAAAAGGAUCUUUUGGACAAGUUGUGAAAGCCUAUGACCAUGAAGAGCAGUGCCAUGUUGCCAUUAAAAUAAUCAAAAAUAAAAAGCCUUUUCUUAAUCAAGCUCAGAUUGAAGUGAAAUUACUUGAAAUGAUGAAUAAUCAUGAAAGUGAUAACAGUUUUGAAUUGCUGGGUCAAGAUAAAAUAGUGAAAUUGAAAGGACAUUUCAUGUGGAGAAAUCAUUUGUGCCUGGUGUUUGAAUUGCUGUCUUACAAUUUGUAUGAUCUUCUCAGAAACACUAACUUCCGUGGAGUGUCCUUAAACUUGACUCGAAAAUUUGCUCAGCAGAUGUGUACAGCUCUCAUGUUUUUGUCUAGUUCUGAUCUGAACAUUAUUCACUGUGACUUAAAACCUGAAAAUAUACUUCUUUGUAAUCCUAAAAGAAGUGCAAUUAAAAUUGUGGAUUUUGGUAGCUCCUGCCAACUUGGUCAAAGAAUAUACCAAUAUAUCCAAAGCAGGUUUUAUCGAUCUCCAGAGGUCCUUUUAGGUAUUGCCUAUGACAUGUCAAUAGACAUGUGGAGUUUAGGAUGUAUACUUGUGGAAAUGCAUACUGGGGAACCUUUAUUCAGUGGUGGAAAUGAAGUGGAUCAAAUGAAUAAAAUAGUGGAAGUAAUAGGAAUGCCACCAAAAUACAUUUUAGAUAUUGCCCACAAGACUCGAAAGUAUUUUGAUCGUCUACCAGAUGGUACAUAUGUCCUUAAGAAAACUAAAGAUAGAAAGAAGUAUAAAUCGCCAGGAACGAGGAAACUCCAUGACAUACUUGGUGUUGAAACUGGAGGUCCAGGAGGAAGAAGAUUAGGUGAAACUGGACAUUCUGUGUCUGACUACCUCAAAUUCAAAGACUUACUUCUCCGAAUGCUUGAUUAUGACCCUAAAACCAGAAUCACUCCUUAUCAUGCCUUACAGCACAGCUUUUUUAAACGGACAAGUGAUGAAAGCACUAAUACUACCCAUAGUGCAAGCACAAGUCCAGCAAUGGAACAGGGCACUAUUUCUAAUACAGGACAAUGUGCAGCAGGUACUGGGUCAAGUUCUGGCAGCUCUUCAUCAUCAGCACCUCCUCAAACAGGGCGUGCAAGAUCUGAUCCAACCCAUCAACAUUCUUAUGGUCAGCUGCAACAUAGUUAUACACAAACUGGUUCUUAUAGUAUGCAAUUUGGUGCUCAUAUAUCAGUUACGACAGCAGCUCUGUCUGCAAUGGAGUGCGAGAGCCCAAUAACAAGCAUUAGCGGUGCUGGUAUAUUUCGUUCCUCACAAAAAAUUCAUGCAUGGAGUUCUUUGGGAGUUGCAAGUGCUCCAGUGACAGUUACUCCUAAUGUUGCUAAUGCUACAGGAACAGUUACUGUAGGGCAACACACCCAUUCUAGUGCUCCUACUAGUCGCGCAGGAUAUUCUCAUCUUCAUAGCCACAACCAUUCCUAUCGAAGGCACCUUCAUCCUCCACCAACACAGUCAAAUGCUCCUAAUCAUGCAAAUGUUCCCUCAUCACAUGUUGUUGGAGCAGUUGGUUUUGAUCCCCUCCAGUCUUUCCAGCCACCAUCAACUUUUAGUGUUGUAUCCAGUAAUCGAAGCCAAGCAUGUUCUUCCUCAUCAGCUGUGUCUUCCCAACUAAUGCCAAUGGACAUGAAUUCAAGCAAUAACCUUUUCAGAGCAAUAGAUUGUACACAGACUUCCCUUAGUAUGCAACUUGGGAGUUACCAGCCAGUACUUUAUACAGGAACAGUAUAUAGUGGGCAAACAACAGUUCCUUCAUAUCUUGGCACAAAUCUUUCUCAAAUGGGAUUACAUCCGUCAGCAACACCCACCUCUCAGCCUUCCACUGUAAUAUUGCCUGAUAUAGUAUCACAAAAGCAAUCAUCAGACAGAGAUGAAUCGCCAAUGGUUGGUGUGUGUGUUGAACAGAGUCCUGUUGCUAGCCAUUGACGAAAAUAUGUUAUAACAUAAUAUAUUAUGUGAAAAUUUCUACUCUUCUGCCAUUUUCUGAAAUUUUUUUGGAUGCAUAAUUAUGUGCAUCUUAAAAAUUGUCUAUUUAUUAAAGUCUUGUAUAAAAAGGGCUAUUUGAAUUUUAGAUUUGCCUUUAAGAAAUAAUCCUGAAAAUGGCAGUUGACAAAUAGUUUUUCUGAAAUUUGAAAGAAAAAUGAUUGGCUGUAGAGUAGAAGUCAUGGGUCAUUUUGUAUAUAAUGUAUCGCAAUAUAAGUAUUUAUUGCUUCAUCAGUGGGAACAUCUAUGCAAUUUCAUAUUUCCAUAAUAAUGUAUGUUAUAGACCUAUCAUGAUGUAGAGACAUAGUAUGUGUUCGACAAUAAUUUUCCUCAGUCUAAUUUAGAUACAAAUGAGUGAGAUAUUACUCUUGUAUCAUUCUGGUGCAUUUGUGUAUAUAAAUAUAAAUAAAUGAAAAUAAAUAUAUAUACAUAAUACAUACAUACACAUUAUUUAUAUGUAUGCAUAUUCGCAGUCAGCAAUCAUUCACUUCCGCUUGAACCUCUACUCUUUCAUGAUACCUCCCUGAUGAUUCAAAACUAUUUUUAUUCUAUCAUGGGAAGUCAGGGUUUGAUCACAGUGACAUUAAAUCGAGACAUUAUUUAUCUGCAAAAAUGAAAUCAUUGCAUCAUUUCAUCUUGUCCAAUAUUUGAAAUUUCAGGGAGGUAGCUCUGGUGUGUAUAUAUAUAUAUAUAUAAUAUAAUAUAUAUGUAUAUAUAUUGACCCUCAUCUGAUGAUUUUUCUUUUUAAGUGGAAGCAUACUAGUUUAUAUUAAGGUCACUAUAAUGCCCUUAGGCUUUUAUUUUUUUUUAUUUAGGUAAAGUAACUUUAUUUACUGCACUUGGUUUAACUAUAUAUAUCAACAAUUAACUUGUUUUUAGCCCGAAGUAUUUUUAAGUGCAUUAUUGAAAUCAUAUUCCAUCUGUCAGCAACUCCUUGUAUAUGUAUUUACUAUCUGUUGUAAGUUGAAUAAAACACAAUCCUUUAAACCUAAGUGUCUUACUUUAAUCCUUUUCUUUUUCAUGAUUUUUCACGUUAUCACUGUAAUUAAACACAAGUUGUGUAAAUAAAGUCUUCCCUGAGCAACAGUUUUAAUAAUCUUCAAAACAAUUUUAAAGCCUUAUGUAAGGAAAUUUUUUAUUUAUUAGAAUAUUUUUCUGAUUUUAAUGUAGUUUAUUUUAAAUAAUGCUAUCAAAUUUUUUAAUGUGUACUCUGUAUAAUCUGUUUUAUCUUAAUUGAUGAGCAUCCUUUUUUAUUCAUUAUUAAGGAUCAUAAAUAUAUUGUUUAAUCGUUUUAAAAUUGUUCUUAUAUUUUAAACUUAAACCUGUAAUGACAUUUCUUAAAUUAAUCGUAUAAUUAUAAAAUUUUUUUAUUGCUUUUAAGUGUAAAAUGAAAUGAAAUGAAUAUUAUCUAAUUUUUGAAGUUGCCAUAAGUAUUUUUACAAUUCUUUGCAGCAUAAAAAUCUAGGCAACAGUAAUUGGAUGGUGAAAACAUUAUAUCACAUUUUCCUGUUCGCUGUUGUAUUUGUUUUACUCGGGUAGUUCAGAUUUCCUAGUCAGUACCUGAGUUAUUUAAAUAUUUGAAAGUCCAUAUUCUUUUAAAAUUUUGUAAAUGUUAUCCAUUUUUGUAAGCAUAUUUGUAAUAUGCAGCUUGUUUUAAAUGGUACAUUGUCUUUUUAUAUGACAUUGCUAGACACUUAACUUCAUAUAUGUUUUGACCAGAGACUGUUUCAUAUUUGAAGAUUUGUUUAGCGUAUAAAUUAUGAAAAUUUUCUGAUUUUCAUAGCUAAGAUGUUAAGUUUGUCAAAAAGUUAAUCUCAAAAAUCUAUAAUUAAUAACACGCUAAAUAAAUUAUCAUUGAUGUUUGACUUGGAAAUUUAAUUCAAAAUCUGAAUUGUUGCUACGGCUGGAGCUCUUUUCCAAAAUAAUCCUAGCUUGAAAUGCACUUUUAUUUUUUCAACAGUACUGUUCUAUAUUGUUUUUCUAUAUUUUUAACCAUAUAUGAUAUUAAUUGCUUCCAAAUCAAGGAUGCCUUUACUGUUUGCAGUUAGACUAAUUUUGAGGGAAAAAUAGUGUUGCCAAACAUUUGUGGAAGGAUAAUAAAAUGUUUUAGCAUUUGUCAUA